AUGCUUAGAAAUUUCAAUUCACUGGGAGCUGGACCCUCUCAAACUGCCAACACAGUGACAAUCACAACGUCGAACCAGAAUCACACUCAACCACCUCCAUCUAUGUCUUUUCCACCUACUGAACCUCCUGUUAACCUCGCCAGCAAGGUGGCCGAAGUAUUUCUCACAGCCGGGCACGCUUUUCAGAAGUUGGGCGAUUUAACCCUACAGCUUCAUUCCAAUGUAGAACCAGAAGAAUGCAAAUGGACCGAGAAAGAUGUGGAUCAAUUACGUGAUUCUCUAACUCGAUUUGCUCAUGAGUUAGAUAUGAUUAGUCAAAGUGUGCAAGGAAGAACUUCGAAGCAUAUAAAGACUGAUAUCAAACGGAGGCACUUAAUACCAGAAGAAGCUCGGAGGCCAUCAUCUCCGGGUAUUAAGAGAAGUGCGACAAUGGUUCCUUCAGGAAUGAUUACAAAACGUAUCCCAGUAGUUCCAGCCUCGAAACCUAUCCCGAUACCUAAUAGAACAAUGGUUCCGUCGCAACAACGAGUAACUGUAACGCAUGGACCACAGAUGAAUCAGCCACUCUUGAAUGAACCUAGUCAUCAUUAUAUUAAUACUGGUUAA